CUAAAACAAUUUCAAAACAAAUCCAUAAUGUUUCGCAAAACUUACCCACGAGCAGGGAUGGGUGGAACAUGCAAUACCAGGGGUUUCCGUUUACCGCGAUUGGGGUUGAACGUUUGCUGCGAUUGGGGCUGAAGAUGUUGGCUCUGAUUUGCCGGACCAAACUUGCGGACGGGUUCUCCCUACAUUGUUUGUCCCCUUUCACCCCGAUCUCUGGCGCCUUCGCCUCCGAACCCGACGCCUCCGCCUCCGAACCCGACGCCUCCGACUCCGGCUCCUUCGCCUCCGAAUCCGACGCCUCCGACUCCGGCGCCUUCGCCUCUGAAUCCGACGCCUCCGCCUUCGCCUCCGAUCUCCGGCGCCUUCACCUCUGAAUCAAACGAAAGGAAAGCUUGCCUCUCCCUGAUCUUCGUUUGCUUGCCCUCGCUCUCUAUUGUCGUCUCCAGCGACUAUUUGGUGAGGAAGAAAAGCAUUGGAAAGGGUAGUGGAAGAAGAGCAGAAUGGGAUUUCAAAAGAUGGCUUUUGUGGAUGGAGGAUACGAAGAGGUGGUUGGGGUAAAGAGAAAGUGCAUUUUUUAAUUCAAUGUAUCUUUUAUUUUCAAUUUCUCUUCUCACCAACAUUCAAUUUCUCUUCUCACCAACGCAUAUCUCUCAUACAAUUAUUUAAUACAUUUUUCAUUAGGUG